AUUAUAAAUUAACUGCUGAAGAUUUGGCCCCUUACCCAUUUGUAAUUUUGAAAUUCAAAUCAAAGAAAUUCACAGUCUUUUUUAUUAAAUCAGGAGGUAAUGGGUUUGUUACUGACUUCAUUUUCCAGCCAGAAAAGACAGAUUUACUAUGUUGCAGACCAGUUUGUGGUGAGGGGAAAGAAAAAUCAAUACUUUUGCAGUUUGGGUCAAGCUUUUUUUUUUUUUUUUCAGUUAAUUUUUGUUUUCCUGGGUAAGAAAAACCCUUAAAAAUCAGAGUAAGAGGUCUGUUUUUGUUUGUUUGUUUUGGUUCUUUUAAAUACACAUAUAAUUUAUUUUGUUAUUAUUGAGAAUAUGCACAGCAGAAUAUAUCCGCCAAUUCAACAUGUUAUUUUUUUUUUCCACAAUCGGAAACAUUUUUGAGUGCUUCCCCUUGUACCUGGACUCAGUAAGUAGUAGCUGUUGCAGUUGGGAAAAUAUUCCUCCUCUCUGAGCCUCAUUUUUUUCCUUUAUGUGGAGUUCAACUAAGCUUUUUUAUAGCUGCAGCAGUCUGUCACUUAAAAAUAAAAUGUGCCAGCUGGGAAGAUAAAACAUGCAAGAAAGGAAAUCUGUGUUAACAUUAAUCUUACCUCUGCCCCUUGCCUUACCUAGGUCAUUCAGUCACCUUAGUGGGCAAGACUGGCAGAUGGCAUUAUUAAAAACAACACCAUAGGGAUAGGUUACAGACACAGAGAAAGGAAUUUUGAGAGGGUCCUUAGAGGAGGUAACAUUUGAAUGGUGUUUUGCCAGGCCCUGUGAUAGGAGAAAAAAAACAUCCAGACAGCAGAUACUGCAAAGGUGUAAUGAAAGUGCGAGACCUGUUUAGAAUAAGGAGUGUAUUGGAGAGGAAGAGGAUAAAACUGGGAAGAUAAUCCUGGCCCAUAUCGUGAAGUAGUACCUUUUAUGACUGCUUCAGGUGUUUUGCUCUUAGAAAAAAAGAAAAUGUUAAGUAAAUUGGUAGUAUAAUCUAACUUGGGUUUUUGGAAGUUCACUCCUGUGUCUCCAGGUAUUAAAGUAUAUCCAGGGAAGCAUUGGGAAUGUUAAGUGCAUGUCCUGGGUUUUCCAGCAUCAGCCUGAUUUCAAGACUCCUGUCCCAUUUUCUAUGUAUGCCAGUGAUUCUUAAUCCUGGUUACCCUUGAAAUAAAAAAAAAAAAAAUUGAUAGCUGUUUGAGUCCUCCCUGCAGAGAUUCCCAUUCAGUAGGUCUUGGUUGGGCCCAGGAAUCUGAAUUGUUGAACCACUCCCUAGAUGAUUUUUAAGCACAACUAGGGCUGAAAACCUGUAACCCAAGCUACAGUGCUUCUGAUAUUUGAUUGUGUUCUAUACUGAUUGAAAAAUCCUGUUAAGAAAGGUUCGGAAAAUACUGUCGCGUACAUGUGAAUGUUCAGAGAUUUGGGCUGGUUUUAAUGGAAAGAGGGAUUGUGACUCUACCUCAUUUGUCAUGUUUUUCUCCUAAGUUUGUGAAUUGGGAACCACAUCUGCACCACACCUUUCUCUCCUUUUUCUCUUCAGGGCUUUGGAAUCACUUACUAGGAGUCUUACCUCCCUGCCACCCAGGGGCCACCAUGGCAGCUCACCUGGUGAAGCGAUGCACUUGCCUCCUCAGAGAGGCCACCCGUGUAGCCCCUGCCAUGUCUCCAGCUGGCCGACUGAGACUCGCUGAAGUAGCCCAUAGGACUCUGACUUCCUCAGCUACUUCACCCAAUUCCCGCUUCCCAGGUUCCUUGACAGAGCUUGUAGAGAGGGAACCAGUGUUUACUCCCUACUCAAGGUUCAAGGAGGUAGAUGAUCUCAUUGAAAAGGCCACCAGCCCAGAGCAGCUACUAGAACUAACUGGUGGUGGUCACUGCUUGCACAAGAAUCAUGCUGCCCAAAUCCUCAUCCAGCUCUCUCGCCUGCUGUGUGAGAAGCCAGAGAACAAAGCCUCUUUGACACAGGAUGCCCGCUUUCAGCAACUUCUCCAUCUUGCCAACAGCCAGAUAGCUUACAUCUGGAACAGGGCCCUGGUGAGACUGCUCCGGAGCCUCUAUGCACUGGCGCUCCCAAAGGCCUGCAAGGAGCUGCAGUCAGUAGAGCAGGAGGUCCGCUGGCGAAUGCGGAGGCUCCCGUACAAGGACCUGGCCUUCCUGGCUGAGUCCAGCAUAACCUAUAUGCAGGAGCAAGACUCGAAGGAGCUGCUGGCAGAGCUGCUUAUGCACCUAGAGAGGCGCUGGACCGAAAUUGAAGAUGGCCGCACAGUGGUAGCCAUCAUGAUGAAAGCGGGCCACCUCUCAGAGCCGCUAAUGAACCGUCUGGAAGACAAGUGCCUAGAGCUGGUGGAACAGUUUGGCCCUGAUGAUCUGCGAAAGGUGCUGUUGACUCUGGCAGCACAGAAUCGUCGGUCGGUGCCCUUGCUGCGGGCCAUCUCCUACCACCUGGUCCAGAAACCCUUUACCUUGACGAAACGCGCCCUCUUGGACCUGGCCUAUGCCUAUGGCAAACUCAACUUCCACCAGACCCAGGUGUUACAGCGACUGGCAUCCGAUCUGCUGUCCCAUGUGCGCACCCUGACGUCCAGUGAGGUGGCCCACUGCGCCAAGUCCUUGGCCUUCCUCAAGUGGCUUAACCUGCCCCUGUUUGAAGCUUUUGCCCAGCACAUCCUGAACGAAGCCCAGGACAUCACCCUGCCACGUCUGUGCAACGUGGUCCUGGCUUUUGCCCAUCUGAACUUCCGUCCGGAACAAGAUCCAUUCUUCAGCCUGGUGCACGAGAAGCUGGCAUUGGAACUGACAAGUCUGAGCCCAGCUCUGCAGGUGGAUGUAGUGUGGGCCCUGUGUGUGCUGCAGCAGGUGCAGGAGGCAGAGCUGCGCGCCAUCCUCUGCCCCGAGUUCCACACCCAGUUUCUAGGUGCUGAGUCUCUGAAGGAUCAGAGCACCUUUCAGAAGUUGCUGCACAUCAACGCGACCGCCCAGCUGGAGCACCCCGAGUACACAGGCCCACUUUUGCCAGCCUUGGCCUUGGUCCCCAGGCCCACAGCCUUUCACAAGAAGGUGACCCACUUGGAGAAGGAGCUGCAGGAGACCCUGAAGGGGCUGCUGGGGAGUGCCGACAAGGGCUGCUUUGCGGUGACCACUCAGUAUGGCUGGAUGCUGGAUGCUGAGGUGCUACUGGACACUGAGGGCCAGUUUCUGAACCUCAGGGACUUUGUUGCUCCUCAUCUUGCCCAGCCAACUGGGAGGCAGCCACUGCCCACUGGGGCCAAGAGGCUGGCUUUCCUACGGUGGGAAUUUCCCAACUUCAACAGCCGGAGCAAGGACUUGCUGGGUCGCUUCUCCCUGGCUCGACGCCAUGUGGUGGCUGCUGGCUUCCUGGUUGUUGAUGUUCCUUACUACGAGUGGCUGGAACUCAAGUCUGAAUGGCAGAAAGGUGCCUACCUCAAGGACAAGAUGCGCAAAGCUGUGGCGGAGGACCUGGCCAGAUGACCCUGUCCCCUCAGCACAGAUUGCAUGUUCAGGGCCUGACCGUGCUCUCCCCGGAGGCCUAGCUGUGGGCACUGGGUCCCCAGAGAAGUAUCUCCCUUCAGGCUGAACCUUUAUAAUGCAGGACCUUGGCCAAAAGUGGGGGUGGUGGCCCAGCAGCUCUGAGGGGUGGAUUUUCCUCAAGUGAAUAAUAAAUUUUUUGUUUUGGUGUCAGCACCAAGAGGCUUCC